AACUGUCAUACUUGACAUUAGGCAUAUAUGAUCUCUAAUAACAGUCACAAGGUUUUGUUAUAAAGAUGUCCACUAUGGAAGAGACAAUUUCAGUUUUAUUGGUAUUGAAUAUUCUUACAGUGGUCCAUGGAGUAUGUAAUAGAGAUGCUAUUUCCAACUGUAUGCUGGCUCUUCAACCUUUGUCGAAUUUGGAAUCUUUACCAGAUGCACAUUCAGUUUGCAAACUUGUUUCAACAUUCAACACCUGCAUAGCUCCACACAAAGCUGCCUGUGAAGGUGAUGACAUUAUGUUUGGUGUAAAUUCCAUAGAGACAUCAGUAUUUUCACUUUGUGGGAAAAACAAAGCAGAAGAUGAUUGUAGCAUAGAAAAGAUCAUGGAAUGUUACCAACUUUUUGUGGGGCAAAACCUGAAUUCUUUGGAGCAUUAUCCAACUGAACACCAACUUGAGAAAAUAUGUUCAUUGAUGGACGUCUUUCAUGAAUGUACAGGGCCUGUCAUGAAAUGUGUCAAUAUCACGAAAGAAAUUCCUCAAUUUGACCGAUACAGAAAGGGUUUGAAAACUAUAAAAGACAUCUCCAACUUUGUAUGUGGUGAUCACUUCCGAACAGGAUAUAUAAAGUUUGGGAAGGAAUGUUUUGAAUCCGAGAGAUACCUUAACGCUGCAAAAAACUGUGAAAAUCAGCAUGUCGAAGAAAAAUCAACAUUUGAAACAGAAACACCUCUACCAGUUAAUGCAAUAUGCAAAAAGAUACAUGGUAUGUUCGAUUGUGUUGGUAAUGUUAUUCAACGUUUGUGCUCCCAGGAUGCAUUCGAGUUUUUUGAUUGGACAAAAAUCCGGUAUAUCGAUAUAAUUUCCAGAUCAAUCAACUGCUCUAUCAUAGGAACUACUCAGACACCAGAUGUACAACAUGAUGGAAGAUCGGCUAAUAUACAGUCUUCACAAUUAAAUACAGGAUCCACUCAUGCAGUUAUGACAGAUAUUUGGACUGCUUGUUUGCUAUUUUUAUGGUUUGCCAUUUAAAUUGACGUGUUCAGUUUGAUGGAAAACGAUAUCAAGUCAACCUUUGUCGAAUGAAUCUUAAUGUUACCACUUUCACCAAGAGAGCUUAGUUGGAAGUUUGAGAAACAAUUAUUUUGACCUCAAAAUAUAAAAAUACAAUUAUUUUCAAAUAUUUCCAGAAAUUUAUUCCAAUAAAAGUAAUGGAAACAUCCACACAAGAGGCUCUAAAGAGCCUGAAUCGCUCACCUGUAUUUCAGAGGAGAAGAUUUUUAAAUGUUAGCAAACUUGAUGAACAAAUUGUUUAAAAUUGUCUUUAAAGGGCAAUAACUCCUUAAAGGAUCAAUUGACAAUUUUGGUCAUACUAACUUUUUUGUAGAUCUUACUUUGCUGAACAUUAUUGCUGCUUACAGUUUACAUAUAUCUAUAGUAAUAUUCAAAAUAAUAACAAAAAUCUGCAAAAUUUUGUUAAAACUACCAAUUCGGUGGCAGCAACCCAACAAUGGGUUGUUUGAUUCGUCUGAUAAUUUCAGGGCCGAUAGAUCUUGACCAAUUAAACAAUUUUACCCCAUGUCACAUUUGCUCUAAAAGAUUUAGUUUUUGAGAUAUAAGCCAAAAACUGCAUUUGAUCCUUAUGUUCUAUUUUUAGCCAUAACGGCCAUGUUUGUCGAUGGAUACAAACUUCGGAUAAAAUUUAUUAACAAGAUACCCUAAGGAACAUUUAGUUAAAGUUUGAAGGUAAUUGGCCCAGUAGUUUCAGAGGAGAAGAUUUUUAAAUGUUAGCAAACUUGAUGAACAAAUUGUGUAAAAUUGUCUUUAAAGGGCAAUAACUCCUUAAGGGGUCAAUUGACAAUUAUGGUCAAAUUAACUUUUUUGUAGAUCUUACUUUGCUGAACAUUAUUGCUGCUUACACUUUAUAUAUAUCUAUAAUAAUAUUCAAAAUAAUAACAAAAAACUGCAAAAUUUUGUUAAAACUACCAAUUCGGUGGCAGCAACCCAACAAUGGGUUGCUCGAUUCGUCUGAUAAUUUCAGGGCCGAUAAAUCUUGACCAAUUAAUCAAUUUUACCCCCAUGUCACAUUUGCUCUAAAAGAUUUAGUUUUUUAGAUAUAAGCCAAAAGCUGCAUUUGACCCUUAUGUUCUAUUUUUAGCCAUGGCGGCCAUGUUUGUCAAUGGAUAUAAACUUCGGAUACAAUUUAUAAACAAGAUACCCUAAGGAACAUUUAGUUAAAGUUUGAAGGUAAUUGGCCCAGUAGUUUCAGAGUAGAAGAUUUUUAAAUGUUAGCAAACUUGAUGAACAAAUUGUGUAAAAUUGUCUUUAAAGGGCAAUAACUCCUUAAGGUAUCAAUUGACAAUUAUGGUCAUAUUAACUUUUUUGUAGAUCUUACUUUGCUGAACAUUAUUGCUGCUUACACUUUUUAUAUAUCUAUAAUAAUAUUCAAAAUAAUAACAAAAAACCGCAAAAUUUUGUUAAAACUACCAAUUCGGUGGCAGCAACCCAACAAUGGGUUGUUCGAUUCGUCUGAAAAUUUUAGAGCUAAUAGAUCUUGACCAAUUGAACAAUUUUACCUCUGUAUGAUUUGCUCUUAAAGCUUUAGUUUUUGAGAUAUAAGCCAAAAACUGCAUUUGUCCCCUAUGUUCUAUUUUUAGCCAUGGCGGCCAUGUUUGUCGAUGGAUCAAAACUUCGGAUACAAAAUAUAAACUAGAUACCCUAAGGAACAUUUCGUUAAAGUUUGAAGGUAUUUGGCCCAGUAGUUUCAGAGGAGAAGAUUUUUGAAAUAGUUAACGUCGACAGACGACGACGACGACAGACGACGGACGACGACGGACGCCAAGUGAUGGCAUAAGCUCACAUGGGGCCCUUCGGGCCCCGGUGAGCUAAAAAGGCGUAGGUAUUAAUCUUUUAUGUAUCAUUUAAUGCACACAUUUCUUAAAUUUUUCGUUUUCCAAUUCCCUCAGGAAGGUUUUUUGUUGCUAUUCCUGAUGAUCCAUCUUUGUAUUAUAGCUCUUGAAGUUUUUAUACAUUCUUUGCUCUAAAAUUUUGGUUAUGUGUGUUCUGGCUGAAGGUAUAUCAAGAAAAGCGCUUCUUUACGCACGAAAUUUAUAAAACAUACUUUUUUAAGACACUAUCUUGAUAUCUGGAUGUGUAUUUUUAGUUAAAUUGGCUUGCUAUCGCAUAUCUCGUAGAUUUACGAUGACAAUUUCAGGAGAAACAUUUUGAUAACAGUUUUUUUAUUGUUGCAUCUUUCGGUUUUGAGUCAGAGUUUAUAAUUAUUUCUCUCUCUCUCGACAUGGUAAGAAAUGAAAAGGAAUGAUGUCAAUUUUUAAUAACAAAAUGAUAUGAUGUAGAGACAAUGUUUGAUCAGAGCGCACAUGAACCAAGUCUGCUUAUACACGUGUAAAAAGUCUACAUAUGAUCUUAAAUGUACGUAGUUAUAAUAUAAUUAAACAAUGUAUUGUUUCAUAAAAAGUAAAUUUAUAAUAAAAUAAUUUGAAAGCAA